UAUUAGCAAUCUAAAUUUUGACAUUAAAUCUGAGUUUAUUUUACACAAAAAACAAAGAAAAGAAAAAUGAAAUUUUUCACAAUUUUUAUUUUUGCUAUUAUUGGCACUUCAUUAGCUCAUAAACCUAUAGAAUUUGGAAUUGCAGAUGAUGUUCGUGCAGCAAUUGAAAAUGUUAAAAAACAAAUGCCAUGUGGAUUCCCAGAACAUGGUAUACCACCAUUAGCACCAUUUGAACAUGAAUUCCAAAGUGUUGAAUUAGAGCAUGAUUUAGUUUCAAUCCUUGGUAAUAUAUCAAAUGUAUUUGCUAUUGGUGCCGAUAAUUUUGAUAUUCGUCAAUGUUCAUUCAGUCUUCUUAAAAGAACUUUAACAUUAGAAUUAAAUUUAAAUAAUUUCCAUGUACAACGUGGUAAUUAUGUAUUGGAUGCAUUAGCAUUUGCCGGUAAUAGAGAAUUAACAAUUAAUGGUGCUGGUGAUGUUGAUUUUUCAAUACAAAAUGUUAAUUUAAAAGCUACAGCUAAAUUUGGUAUAAUUGGUGGUAUUAAUUUACAAGAUUUUCAUAGUACAUUAGAUGUUGGUAGUGUUAAAUCACAAAUAACUGGUUUAAUUGGUGGAGGAUUACCAAAUGAUGUUAUUAAUUCUGUUAUUGAAGAAUUAAUUCUUACAACAGUUAAAGAUCAUAGAGCAGAAAUUAGUGAAAUAAUUAAACAAGUGGCAGUACCUUUAAUUGAAAAAUUCAUUAAAGAAAUGAAAUUUAUAGAUUUCAUGGAUGUUGUUACAUCAAAUCGUAAUUUUUAUAAAUCUUCUUGUGAUAAAACUAGUAUUUUCUUCUAUUAAAAAAUUCAUAAAAAAAUUAAAACAA